CCUCGCGGCUACUUGGAGUCAAAGCCACAGUAACCAAUUGCACCUGACAACUUGGGACAGACAACUUAACAGGCUGCACCAUGGCGGAGCGAUUCACGGCCGAGCAAAUUUCUAAUUGGUUCACCUCUGGGUCCGCGUUUGCCAACAUUAAGCUCACAGAAGAAGCUGUCGAAAAUAAAUUGUCUGGGACGUCGAAAGAGACGAGCAGCCCAGUAAAAGUUCCUGUUGAAGACGACUUGGAAAGUGUGAACAAGACAAAAGAUGACCGGUCAAUUUCAGAAUCCUUAGGAAGCAGCCCUGCUCCACUUGCAAGCUACAAGUAUCCCACCUUCCCCAUUACCAAAAGCAGACAGGAGCUGAUUUCUCUGAUAGAAAACAACUCUGUCGUGAUUAUUCGAGGAGCCACGGGCAGUGGCAAGACCACCCAGCUGCCACAGUACAUUCUGGACCACUACAAUGACAAAAAUGCCUCUUGCAACGUUGCAGUCACGCAACCACGCAAAAUUGGUGCCACCAGUAUUGCUCGCUGGGUCGCCAGUCAGAGAAAGUGUACCUGCGGGAGUCUGGUUGGAUAUCAGGUUGGACUGGAGAAGAUGGCUACUGAGCACACCCGACUAAUCUACAUGACAACAGGAGUGCUUCUGGAAAAACUGGUUGCUGCCAAGGCCCUCACAGAGUACUCGCAUAUUUUUAUUGAUGAGGUUCAUGAGCGUACGGUGGAAAUGGACUUUCUCUUGCUGAUUGUGAGGAGACUUCUUAACAGCAACUCUCGUUAUGUGAAGGUAAUUCUCAUGUCAGCCACCAUCAACUGCACACAAUUUGCAGAGUAUUUCAGCAACCCUGUUCGUGGAAAGAUGAGUCCAGCCUAUGUGUUUGAGGUGGAGGGUGCACCUUAUACCAUUGAGGACUUUUACCUGGAUGACCUUCAGGACAUCUGUCAACAUAAUCUGGAUUCAGCAGGUUCAGAUGAUGUUUACAUCUCAACUGCGAUGUACAAACUUGCCAUCUGCCUCAUUGAGAACUUUGACAAAAUGGAGGGCGAGAGGAGCAGUGAUGCAGUGACAGAAGGCUGUGGGAACCUCUCAGAGAGGGGCAGCGUCCUUGUUUUCCUCCCCGGACUAUAUGAGAUAAGAUAUAUGCAACAAGCCCUGUCCACGCUGGUCCACAAGAGGUUGCAGGUUUUUGCCCUCCACUCCACCAUAACAAUGGAGGAGCAAUAUGGUGUUUUCCUGUCUCCUGUUCCCGGAUACAGGAAGGUCAUUCUUUCAACGAACAUUGCAGAAAGUUCAGUGACUGUACCCGAUGUCAAAUAUGUUAUUGAUUUCUGCUUGACCCGUCAGCUGAUUUGUGACAAAGAAACCAAUUAUCAAUCUCUGCGUCUCACAUGGGCGUCAAAGACCAACUGCAACCAACGUAGAGGAAGGGCGGGUCGAGUUUCCAAAGGCUACUGCUACCGCCUAGUCACCAAAGCCUUCUGGCGGAAUGAAAUCCCAGGCUACAUGAUCCCUGAAAUGUUGGUUUCCCCACUGUCCAACAUAAUGUUAAAGGUGAAGCUGCUGGGCAUGGGAGACCCUCGAUCCCUCCUUUCGACAGCUCCCUCACCUCCCAACCUCAAGGAUAUUAUGAGAACCGUGCUCCAACUGAAAGAGAUGGGGGCCCUGUCUGCUAAACAGAAUGAUGAAUAUCAAAAUGAUGAUGGUGAGCUGACGUUCCUGGGUCGAGUGCUGGCCCACUUACCUGUGGACCUUUACCUUGGCAAGAUGAUUGUCCUGGGCCACGUCUUCGGUUGUCUCGAUGAGUGUCUCAUCAUAGCUGCCUGCAACUCGAUGAAGAGUUUCUUUGCCAUACCUUCAAUGCAACAGCUUGCCGGUCACAGGAGCAAGAUGGCCUUUGCCCAAGGCAGCCAAAGUGAUUCCGUUGCAUUUGUCAACACCUUUAAGGCAUGGCUCUCCUUCAAAAAGCAAGGACAGUUGAGAAGCAUGAAGGAUGAACUGGUUUGGGGCAAAGAGAACUUCAUUCAGAUCAAGAGGAUCCGAGAGGUUGCAGAAUUGUAUUUAGAUCUGAAAGAACGUGUGAAACAGUUCAACAUGUGUGUGCCAGAAAAUACCCAACCCUCAGACUACAAAAGCAUCCACACACAGAAGUUCAUUCUUCAGGUAGUCAUUGCUGGUGCCUACUACCCUAACUACUUUGUACAGGGAGAGAUUGAUGAUGAUCUGGCUUCCAGAGAGUUGAGUGGCUUCAACCCGAACACAACAGUCAUGAUGAGGAACCUCCCCACCUACAGUUUUCUUUACUACAAGCAGCUGCUGUCUCUCUUCCGCCAAUGUGGACAGGUCAAAGCCAUUGCCUUUGAGAGCUCCAGAGCAUAUGUGGAAUUCUACAAGACAUCACAGGACUCUGCAACCGUGCCUGAGGUCUCACUCGCCCUCCUCCUGGCCCAGCAGAAACCUGCCCUGGAGCUUUCCGUCUACCCAACAGAACAAAUAGAAGCCUGUGCCGGGGGCAGACAAAUAACUCAUUUGAAAUAUGCACGGGUGAAUGUUGACUUACAAAGCCAGUCAGUCCUUCCAGUGGGAGUGGUGAGCAGUACCCUUGACCCAGACAAACUGCCUCCCAACCUCUUUUUUGUGGUGAACAUCACAACGGUGGUGGACGUGGGUCAUUUCUGGGGAUUCCAGGCAGAUGAAGCCAGUUUGGAGAAGCAGCGGCAAUUGACAGGCGAGAUCAACAUGCGCACCCUUGAGCCUGUGACUGUGUCGCUCUAUCCCAAUUUUCUUUGCCUGGCGCCUUACUCCGAUGGAGAUGAACAGAGCCUCUACUACCGGGCCAAGAUCCUGCACAUCUGUGGAGACACAGUGGAGGUGUUCUUCUUGGACUUUGGUAACACAGUGUCUGUCCAGUGCAACAGCCUGAGGGAGCUCCCAUCUGACCUCCAGUCUCACCCCUUGCAGGCUCAGGAGUUUCAAGUGAUUGAAAUGCGUCCGUCAGCAGAGUCCAUCAUAUUUGGCAACCGCUGGAGCAGCCGUGCCCGUCAUCGAUUCAUGGCACUGGUGAAAGGCCACUCUGUCAUUGUGUCGCUGUACUCUGUUCUCCACAAUGUGAUGCGUGUGCAGCUGCUCAUCAGCAGUGAUACCACAAACAGAAGCAUAGUUGACAUCUUUGUGGAAGAGGGCCACGCCAUCCGUGCUGAAGAAAGCUUUGACUCCAAGCAAAACCAUGAGGUGCUGAUUUCUCUGUACAAAGACAUCGAAACAGGCAUGUAUGUCCCCAAUGCUGCCAGCAGCUCCUGGAAGGAUCGCAAGAAAGAGGAGAAGCAGCUCAUCGACUGCCUCCUCUCCCAGUUUUCCAAGACCUGCCCGCCUUAUUCCAGGACAAAGGUUCGUUUGCAUGGACCAAGCAGUCCUUAUAAAAUCCAAUUCCACUGUUUGUUCCACGAUACGUACAUCAAGCACGUGAACAUAGAUCAAUACAGCAUCAACACCAUGGCUGUGAAUGAAAAUCCUCACUACAAGCACCAGAGAAUGCUGGUGGCGGGGAGUGUGUUCAUCAAUUCUUCAGGCAACAUUCUUCCAAAGGACACCUCACUAAUGCCAGACAUCCCUGGACUCCCUGCCAUUGUUACCAUGCUCUUCACCCCAAUUAUGGAGUUACGCACCAACGUAGACAAAACUCGCUACAUCGGUGCACUCUGUGGUUUGGGCUGGAACAGUGAAACACAAAAAGGCGUCCUUCCGGACCAUGACAUUGAACUGGCCUUUGAUGUCAAGUUUGAUUUUGAAGACAUCACUGAGAUAAAUGCUUUGCGAGUGGCAAUGAACCACCUGGCGUGUGAAGGGCCGAGUGGCACCCUGCACUUGCCGUCUGACAAGAUCGGGCAGUUCCAGGAGGACUGUCGUGAACGUCUCAUUAGAUUGUUCACAAAGUCUCCUCCAAGGGAAAAUGUCACUUCAGUGUACUUUGAUAAAGCAGGGAAAUGGAACCAGGUUGAGCCUUCACUCAAGAUGGACGUCGCCGAGGCUGGAACUGGAAAAUCAAGAGGAGUUCUCUUUGACCUGCAUCCACUCAUCCUCCUCAACAACUAAGAUACGUGCCUCAUUUGCACACAUUUUUCUUUUUAUGUUUUAACGCAACUUAAUUCAAGUGUUUGAUUUAUUUUAUCCUCCAGUGGGACUGUGGCUUUCACGUUGCCUUAGAAAAAUUCACUCGAAUUUCUUGGGUGGUACAUGUUUGUUGUAGCCUACAUUUUGUCUUGUAAAAGUAUGUGGGUUUAUCUCUGUUCGGGUUGAUGAUGAGAUAACCUUUAUUUGUCCCACACUGGGGAAAUUUGCAGUUCAUUGUAGAAAUAUGUUAUCUUGUUGAAACAGUUCCUUGGCAGUGGGACAAUAAAAAUAAUUGGUUGCAACAGA